AAAGAGCACUCAGAGCAUCUUAUCUUUUCUCUGCAACUCUGUAAGUUAUGGCGGCACUUGAUUUGGUUUCCACAACCGUCACAAUUAGAUCUUCUAGUUACGAUGUGUUCCUCAACUUCAGGGGAGAAGAUACUCGAAAUAACUUCACUGGAUUCCUUAACUUAGUUCUAAAAGACAAAGGAAUCGAUGUGUUUAUUGAUAGCAAAGAGUUGUGGACCGGAGAAGCCAUUGGCCCAGCAUGCCUUUCAGCAAUUCAGAGGUCCAAAAUCUCCAUCCCUAUCUUCUCUAAAGAUUAUGCAAACAGCAAAUGGUGUCUGCUGGAACUUGCUCAGAUUUUUGAAUGCUACACAUCCGACGAUCAACUGGUCUUGCCCAUAUUCUUCUACGUUGAUCCGUCGCAAGUUCGGAACCAAACCGGAAGUUUUGAAGAAGCAUUUAAGGAGCACGAGAAGAAUUUUGAGCCUCAUAUGGUAGAGAGUUGGAGGAAAGCUUUGAGAGAGAUAGGAAAACUGAAAGGAGAAGUUAUUGAUAAAAACAGGGAUCAAGCAGAGGUAGUUGAAUUAGUUGUCAAAAGAGUUCUGGAUAAACUGGACAGUGACAUGCACUUGGCUGAAUGUAAACAUCGUAUUGGCAUAGAUUCUAGUGUACAAGAUCUAUUAUCUUUAUUAAGUAGUGGUUCCAAUGAAGUUCAAUUCAUAGGAAUGUGUGACGUAAGUGGAAUUGGGAAGACAACCAUUGGUGAGGCAAUCUAUAAUCGCAUCCUUUCAUCCUUCAAUAAGCAUAGUUUUAUUUCAGAUGUUAGUAAACAAGCAAAGCAAUGCAUGGGUCUUGUUUCUUUGCAGAACAGACUUCUCAAAGAUAUGUUCAACAGAGAUUCUGACGUACGUCAUUGUGGUAAAGGGAAAAAAAUUGAUAAAACACCGACUUUGCAAAGAAAAAGUUCUUCUUGUUCUCGAUGAUGUGGACAACAAAGAACA